UCCUUCUCUAUCACUUCUUUUCACAUCUCUCUUUCCUUUUUCCUCUCAGAAACUACGAAGAAGACAAAGCUUUCCCCUUUGAUUUCCUCUUCAAAAGUCUUCGGUUUUGCACAACGGUUAACACCCAUAUGAUCACCUACUAAAAAUACAUAUUUAUUUAUAUAUAUAUAUACACACGUAAAUUUGUAGAUAUAGUUGAUAGUGUUAAAUGAGGUGUAAGAAACAUACCGCCGAUUUCAGCGGCACCGUCGGCGUCUGCGCUUCCUGUCUCCGGGAGCGCCUCUUCGAACUCAUCGCCAAGCAGGCGGAGGCACAGCAGAAGGCGCAGCUGUCGCGAGCGGAGUCACGCGCCUCUGCUUUGACGGAGGAUCCCAGGAAGUCCGACGCGGCUCUGCCACAGCCGCCUCCGCUGUCCUUCCCUCGGUCCGUGUCGCCCUACGUAGCUCGGCGCAAAUCGGACGAGUCUACGUGGCAGCACAACACCUGUUCAGACCGACGAUUCUACAGCACUCCGCAGGUGGGUCCUACCUACGCGGCCAACACCUUUGCCACCGUUGAGGCUUGUAGGAAGAAGAACGGGGGGAGGUUCUCGCUGUUGACGAGACUGUUCAGGUCCAGAUCCGAGAAAAUCGAAUCGGAUCCUAGGGUUUCGUCUCAGGAAUCGUGCGGGCCCUCGUCGUCGGGGACGAUCGCUUCUUCUCCCCAAUGGCUCUCCGCGAUCUUCUCCGGCAGCCGGAGAAAGAAUUCGCGGCUCUUCGUCGUAGAAGAACCCUCUGCCGCCGAGAACAGAAAGUCUCGCCCGAUAACCGAUCGAGGAAUGUCUCCGGUGAGGACGGCGGAUUCGGACAAUGAAUGCGAUCGAUCUCCUUCAGCUAGCGGGUACUCUUCGGAGUCGUGGAGGUCUCCGGCGUUCGCGGUGCGCAAGGCGCGGCAGGGACACAGCCGGAACGUGCCUGGAAUGGCGUUCUGCCUGAGCCCGCUGGUGAGGGCGAGCCCUGGCCGGCACUGGAGCAAGAAGGGCUUGCCGCCGGAUAUGGCGGUCUCCGGAGAGGCCAGGGCUCCGAUGAAGCCGCAUCUCUCCACGGCAGCGUCUUUUUGCAAGAACCGGUCGAGGAAGCUCGCGGAUUUCGGGAGAGUCCACCACAACCGUUGAUUCUAUUGACCGUUGACAUUUCCCUCGCCGUUGAUGGUGCUCUCACGUAAAAUUACUCUUUUUACCCCUAUAUUCCUUUACGUUAUUCGUUUUUUUUUUUUUUUUUUUUUGUAUGGUUCAUAAUUUUAAAUUACAAAUGAGAGAAAGAGAGAGAGGAUUGCGUGUUUCCUUCAUACGAAUGUUCAUUAUCACAGACAAAUUAUUAUUUUUUCUUUAAUGUGAAUAUGUGAUUCUUUCUAAAUUACCUCA